AUGGAACAAAUAGAGGCAAUUUCUCUAGGUUCAGGUCAUCUCCCCAAUAGUUGGAGUUUACUCAGUAAUCUUCCUGUGUUGUAUUUAUCGAAAAAUUAUACUUCGGAAAAUGAUGGCAUAUCAACUUUGUUAAAGAAAAAUCAUACUGAAGUUGUUCCUCAAUCUUGGUUAGGUUGUGAUUCAGCUGUUGAUGGUUGGGGACCUCUUUCAUCAACUUAUAAUGAUUUAACACCUUGUUUCUUACAAGGUAUACUAUUUGGUUUAUCAGCCGUAUUAAUGAUAUUGGUUGGAACUUAUCAAAUUGUUCAAUUAAGAAAUAAAAAAAUUACCAUUAGUAAUAGAAAGACUUGGUCCUUCUAUACUAAAUUAUUAUUAGUUACUAUUCAAUUAAUAUUUCAAAUCAUUAUUUUCACUCAAUUUAAUGCUACUGGUAUAAUAAAAUCUGCUUUAGCUGCUAAUGCUUUUGCUACUUUUAUCGCGUUUGGAAUUCAUUAUCUUGAACAAUAUAAAUCAACCAUUCCAAAUGGUGUUUUAUUAUUCUAUUGGUUAUUCCAAGUCAUUUUAAAUGCUGGUAGAAUUGUUAAUCUCGAAUUAAGAGAUGAUCUUAAAUCUGAAUUCGGUACUUUUAUUAUUUUAUCAACUGUAAAUGCUUUAUUCAUUUUAUUAAUUGAAAUUUUAUUACCACCAGUUCCAAUUUAUGCCAGUUUAGUUAAAGUUUCUCCUUAUGAUCAUGCUAAUAUCUUUUCAAGAAUUACUUUUGAUUGGAUGGGUGGAUUAAUGAAAAAAGGUCAUCAACAAUAUUUAACUGAACAAGAUUUACCUGUAUUACCAACUGAAUUAAAGGCCACUGCUACCACUAAUGAGUUUAAUGAAUAUUGGAAAACUCAAUCCAAACACUCAUUAUUCUUGGCUAUUGCUAAAGCUUUUGGUUCCAGUUUCCUUUUAGGUGGUGUUUUUAAAGGUCUUCAAGAUUCUUUAGCUUUUGUUCAACCUCAAUUAUUAAGAUUAUUAAUUAAAUUCGUUAAUGAUUAUUCUGAAUCUGCCAAGACGGGUAAUCCAAUUCCAUUAACUAAAGGUUUUUUAAUUUCUAUUUCUAUGUUCAUUGUUUCGGUGGUUCAAACUGCUUGUUUACAUCAAUAUUUCCAAAGAGCUUUCGAUUUAGGUAUGAAAAUUAAAUCUUCCUUAACUUCCGUCAUUUAUAAUAAAGCAUUAGUCUUAUCAAAUGAAACCAAACAAGAAUCAACUACGGGUGAUAUUGUUAAUUUAAUGUCUGUUGAUGUUCAAAGAUUACAAGAUUUAGUUCAAAACUUACAAGUUAUUUGGUCAGGUCCAUUCCAAAUCUUUUUGUGUUUAUAUUCUUUACAUGGAUUAAUUGGUAAUUCCAUGUGGGCUGGUGUUUUCAUUAUGAUUAUUAUGAUUCCUUUAAAUGCCGUUAUUGCUCGUUAUCAAAAGAAAUUACAAAAGACACAAAUGAAAAAUAAAGAUGAAAGAUCAAGAUUAAUUAGUGAAAUUUUAAACAAUAUUAAAUCUUUGAAAUUAUAUGGUUGGGAACAUCCAUAUUUAGAAAGAUUGAACCAUGUUAGAAAUGAAAAGGAAUUAGCUAAUUUAAAGAAAAUGGGUAUUUUCAGUGCUUUUUCAAAUUUCACUUGGUCAUUAGCUCCAUUCUUAGUUUCUUGUUCAACUUUUGCUCUUUUCGUCAUUACUCAAAAGGAUAAAAGUUUAUCUACUGAUUUAGUCUUCCCAGCUUUAUCUUUAUUUAAUCUUUUAUCUUUCCCAUUAGCUGUUGUUCCAAUGGUUAUUACUAACAUUGUUGAAGCUCAAGUUGCUAUUACAAGAUUAACUAAAUUCUUAACUAGUUCAGAAUUACAAAGAGACGCUGUUAUUAAAGCUCCAAGAGCCUCUAAAGUUGGGGAAGUUGCUGUUCAAAUCAAAAAUGGUACUUUCUUAUGGUCAAAGGCUAAAGGUGAACAAAAUUAUAAAGUUGCUCUUUCUAAUAUCAAUUUAACUGCUAAAAAGGGUCAUUUAGAUUGUAUUGUUGGUAAAGUGGGUUCUGGUAAAUCUUCCAUUGUCCAAGCCAUCUUAGGUGAUUUAUACAAAUUAGAUGGUGAAGUUACUUUACACGGUAAAAUCGCUUAUGUUUCUCAAGUUCCUUGGAUUAUGAAUGGUACCGUCAGAGAUAAUAUCUUAUUCGGUCAUAAAUAUGAUGCUGAGUUUUAUCAACAUGUUUUAAAAGCUUGUGCUUUAACCGUUGAUUUAAAGAUUUUACCAAAAGGUGAUAAAACUGAAGUUGGUGAAAAGGGUAUUUCUUUAUCUGGUGGUCAAAAGGCUAGAUUAUCAUUAGCUAGAGCUGUCUAUGCUAGAGCUGAUGUCUAUUUAUUGGAUGAUCCAUUAAGUGCUGUUGAUGAACAUGUUGGUAAACAUUUAACUGAUCAUGUUUUAGGUCCAAAUGGUUUAUUAAAGACUAAAUGUAGAGUUUUAGCUACUAAUUCCAUUAAGGUUUUAAGUAUUGCUGAUAACUUACAUUUAGUAAGCGAUGGUAGAAUUGUCGAACAAGGUACUUAUGAUGAUAUUAUUAAACAAGAAAGUAGUAAGAUUCGUCAAUUAAUUGAAGAAUUUGGUAAAAAGAAAGAUACUUCUAGUUCUUCAUCAUCUACUAUCGCUGGUGAAGAUAAGAAAGAAACCGAUGAAACCGAUGAACUUAAAGAUGAUGUUGAUUUAGCUAACUUAGAUUCUGAUUCUGAUUAUGAAGUUGGAAGUUUAAGAAGAGCUUCCGAUGCUUCCUUGAUUCCUGAUGAAGAACGUAAUGUCGAAGACGAAGAACCCGAAGAUGAAGAAACAAAAGCUAGAAAGGAACAUCUUGAACAAGGUCAAGUUAAAUGGGCUGUUUAUAAAGAAUAUGCCGAUGCUUGUAAUCCAGUUAAUGUUAUUAUCUUCUUAGCCACUGCUCUUUUAUCAUUCAGUAUUAAUGUUGGUUCUAACGUUUGGUUGAAGCAUUGGUCCGAAGUUAAUACCAAAUACGGUUAUAAUCCAGAUAUUACUAAAUACUUAGGUAUUUAUUUCUUAUUAGGGGUUGGUUUUUCUGCAUCUUCAUUAGUUCAAAAUUGUUUCUUAUGGAUUUUCUGUACUAUUCAAGGUUCUAAAAAAUUACACAAUGGUAUGGCGGUUAGUGUUUUAAGAGCUCCAAUGUCUUUCUUCGAAACUACUCCAAUCGGUAGAAUCUUAAAUAGAUUUUCAAACGAUGUUUACAAAGUUGAUGAAAUCUUAGGUAGAGUUUUCAGUAUGUUCUUCAACAAUUCCAUUAAAGUUAUUCUUACAAUUGGUGUUAUUUGUUUUUCAACCUGGCAAUUCAUUUUCAUUAUUGGUCCAUUAGGUAUCUUAUAUGUUUAUUAUCAACAAUAUUAUUUAAAGACUUCAAGAGAAUUAAGAAGAUUAGAUUCAGUUUCAAGAUCUCCAAUUUUUGCCAAUUUCCAAGAAUCAUUAGUUGGUGUUUCUAUUAUUAGAGCUUAUGGUCAAGAAGAUAGAUUUAGAUUCUUAAAUGAAACCAGAGUUGAUAGAAACAUGUCUGCUUAUCAUCCAGCUAUUAAUGCUAAUAGAUGGUUAGCUGUUAGAUUAGAAUUCUUAGGUUCAAUUAUUAUUUUGGGUGCUGCCGGUUUAUCAAUUUUAACCUUAAAAUCAGGAAAAUUAACUGCUGGUUUAGUUGGUUUAUCUGUUUCUUAUGCUUUACAAAUUACUCAAUCCUUAAAUUGGAUUGUUAGAAUGACAGUUGAAGUUGAAACUAAUAUUGUUUCUGUUGAAAGAAUUAUGGAAUAUUCAAGAUUAACUCCUGAAGCUCCUGAAAUUAUUGAAGAUAAUAGACCUGCUAAGGACUGGCCUCAGAAUGGGGAAAUUAUCUUUAAAGAUUAUUCUACCAAAUAUAGACCAGAAUUAGAUUUAGUUUUAAAGAAUAUUAACUUAGAUAUUAAAGCUAAAGAAAAGAUUGGUAUUGUUGGUAGAACUGGUGCAGGUAAAUCAUCAAUUACAUUAUCAUUAUUCAGAAUUAUUGAACCAUUCCAAGGUCAAAUUGAUAUUGAUAACGUUAAGACUGGUGAUAUUGGUUUAGCUGAUUUAAGACAAAAAUUAUCAAUUAUUCCUCAAGAUUCUCAAGUAUUUGAAGGUACUAUUAGAUCCAAUUUAGAUCCAACCAAUGCAUACAAUGAUGAACAAAUUUGGAAAGCCUUAGAAUUAUCUCAUUUGAAAGAUCAUGUUCAUAAAAUGUAUGAUGACAGAGAUAAAGAAAUUGAAAUUGAAACUCCAUUAGAUGUUAAAGUCAGUGAAGGUGGUGGUAAUUUAUCGAUUGGUCAAAGACAAUUAAUGUGUUUAGGACGUGUUUUAUUAAAGAUGACCACAUCUAAUAUCUUAGUGUUAGAUGAAGCCACUGCUGCUGUUGAUGUUGAAACUGAUCAAAUUCUUCAACAAACCAUUAGAACUGAAUUCAAAGAUAAAACCAUUAUUACCAUUGCUCAUAGAUUAAACACCAUUUUAGAUUCUGAUAAAAUCAUUGUGUUAGAAAAGGGUGAAGUUGCUGAAUUCGAUACUCCAGAAAACUUAUUAAAGAAGAAGGAUUCAUUAUUCUACUCUUUAUGUAAACAAGGUGGUUUUGUUCAUGAUGAUGAAUAA